CAAAAUUGCAAGUAUAAGAUGUUGACUUAGGCGUAGGAUGAAUGAUCAAUGAUUAAUGGUGGUUCCUAUUCCUAAUUGAUGUAGUCUCAAGUUAUUCUUCUCCGAUUCAUCAUACCUCAAUGCUGUGAAUUGUAUUUCCAAAUUUCCUCCUCCUAUAUUCUGAGACGCUCUCUCUCUCCUCUGUCAUUUGGUUGCACAAACAAAAAACAAAAGGCAAAUAGGGGGGGAGGGGUAGAUACAUGGUUUGAGGGUUUGGCUUUUGUUCUGUAUCAUUGUAUUAUCAUUCUAACACCUGAAUUCUCUCCGACCCUUCCUCAGCUUUUUGUCUCCUCUCUCUCCCUUUUUUUCUUGCUUACCUCUCAUCAAUUACAACCUCCAUUGAAGCUUCUUCAAUGCAAUCCCAUAAAGCUUAAAGCUUGAAGAUUUAAAGGUACACAAAAAAACCCAAAUAGCAUCAGCUUUGAAAUACCUCCGGACUUGGGAUUCUAUGUGAUAGGGUUUUAGGGGCGAUAGAGUAUUGGUUACUGGGGUUUGUUUGUGUUCGUUUAUUGGUUUUCGGGAUUGGGUUAUUUGAGGUUAAAAAGAUAUAUGGUUCUGGGUUUUUGAGGUUGCCUUCAGUUGUUAUUGGAUUUGGGUCUUAGUGGGUGAAUGGUAUUGGUUUCUGGGUCUAUGUAGAUUGGCAGAGAUAUGAAUCGUAGGGUGCGGCGGAAGGUGGCUAGGAAGGGUAAGGAGAAGGUGGUUUUUCCGAGCUAUCCCGAAAUUGAAGAUGAGGUUUCGAGCUUGGAGCGAAAUGGGGUUGUUGAUUGGACAGGUCUGCCUGAUGAUACAGUAAUUCAGUUGUUUUCGUGUCUGAAUUAUCGUGACAGGGCAAGCUUAUCAUCAACAUGUCGGACAUGGAGGGUUCUUGGUGUAUCUCCUUGUCUGUGGACCUCUUUGGAUCUUCGUGCCCAUAAAUGUGAUGCUGCAAUGGCAGCUUCACUUGCUUCAAGGUGUGUGAAUCUGCAGAAGCUUAGGUUCCGUGGGGCGGAAUCUGCUGAUGCAAUAAUACAUCUUCAAGCUCGGAAUUUGCGUGAAAUAAGCGGUGACUAUUGCAGAAAAAUAACCGAUGCUACUCUUUCGGUGAUUGUGGCAAGGCAUGAGGCACUUGAAAGCCUCCAGCUUGGACCAGAUUUUUGUGAAAGGAUUAGUAGCGAUGCUAUAAAAGCAACAGCUCUUUGCUGUUUUGAAUUGAAGAAGCUUCGGCUUUCUGGAAUUAGGGAUGUUCAUGGUGAAGCAAUUAACGCCUUGGCGAAGCAUUGUCCUAAAUUGACUGAUAUUGGGUUCAUAGAUUGUCUGAAUGUGGAUGAGAUAGCAUUGGGGAAUGUAUUAUCAGUCCGCUUCCUCUCGGUUGCUGGGACUUCAAAUAUGAAGUGGGGUGUGGUUUCACAUCAUUGGCAUAAGCUGCCUAAUUUAACUGGGUUAGACGUUUCAAGAAGUGAUAUUGGCCCCACUGCUGUUUCAAGAUUAUUAUCAUCCUCACAGAGCUUGAAGGUUUUGUGUGCCUUGAAUUGUCCAGUUUUAGAAGAGGACGUCAAUUUUGCUUCCAGCAAAAAUAAAGGUAAAUUGUUACUUGCCCUAUUUACUGAUAUUUUGAAAGAUAUAGCAUCUUUAUUUGUCGAUGUUACCCCAAAGGGAAGAAAUGUGUUCCUGGAUUGGAGGAAUUCAAGGAACAAAGAUAAGAAAUUGGAUGAAAUGAUGACUUGGCUUGAGUGGAUCCUAUCUCUUACUCUUUUGCGCAUUGCUGAGAGCAAUCAACAAGGUUUGGAUGAAUUUUGGCUCAAGCAAGGUGCUGCACUGCUGCUCAAUUUAAUGCAUAGUUCACAAGAGGAUGUCCAAGAAAGAGCAGCUACAGGGCUUGCUACUUUUGUUGUGAUUGAUGAUGAAAAUACUAGCAUACAUCAUGGAAGGGCUGAAGCUGUUAUGCAAGAUGGUGGUAUACACCUCCUUUUGAACCUAGCCAAAUCUUGGCGGGAGGGACUCCAGUCAGAGGCUGCAAAGGCUAUAGCAAAUUUGUCUGUACAUUCCAGUGUUGCAAAAGCUGUUGCUGAAGAAGGAGGAAUCAAUAUUCUUGCUGGUUUAGCAAGGUCUAUGAACAGGCUGGUUGCUGAAGAGGCUGCUGGAGGCCUAUGGAAUCUUUCUGUUGGAGAAGAGCAUAAGAGUGCCAUUGCUGAGGCUGGUGGGGUAAAAGCUUUAGUUGAUCUUAUAUUCAAAUGGUCCUCUGAUGGUGAUGGAGUUCUGGAACGUGCAGCUGGUGCACUUGCAAACUUGGCAGCUGACGAUGAGUGUAGCACAGAGGUUGCAGUGGCAGGUGGUGUGCAUGCUUUGGUGAUGCUUGCUCGAAACUGCAAGUAUGAGGGAGUGCAAGAGCAGGCUGCGCGUGCCUUGGCAAAUUUGGCUGCUCAUGGAGAUAGUAAUAGUAAUAAUGCUGCAGUUGGGCAGGAGGCAGGUGCUCUUGAAGCACUCGUACAGCUUACACAAUCUCCCCACGAAGGUGUUAGGCAAGAAGCUGCAGGUGCAUUGUGGAACCUUUCAUUUGAUGACAGAAAUCGGGAAGCAAUUGCAGCAGCUGGCGGUGUUGAAGCAUUGGUUGCUCUUGCACAAUCCUGCUCAAAUGCCUCUCCAGGUCUACAAGAGAGGGCUGCUGGUGCUCUUUGGGGAUUGUCAGUCUCAGAAGCAAAUAGCAUUGCAAUUGGACGAGAAGGAGGGGUUGCGCCUUUGAUUGCAUUGGCACGCUCUGACACUGCAGAUGUCCACGAAACUGCUGCAGGAGCUCUUUGGAAUCUUGCAUUUAACCCUGGUAAUGCUCUCCGUAUUGUGGAGGAAGGAGGAGUUCCUGCACUAGUUCAUCUUUGCUCUUCAUCAGUAUCAAAGAUGGCGCGUUUCAUGGCUGCAUUGGCAUUAGCAUACAUGUUUGAUGGAAGAAUGGAUGAGUAUGCACUGAUCGGAAGUUCAUCAGAAAGUGUCUCGAAGAGUGUGAGCUUAGACGGGGCUAGAAGGAUGGCUUUAAAAAACAUUGAAUCUUUUGUCCUAAAAUUUUCUGAUCCACAAUCAUUCUCUGCUGCCGCUGCAUCAUCAGCACCUGCAGCAUUGGCACAAGUAACAGAAGGAGCUCGUAUUCAGGAGGCAGGACAUCUUAGAUGCAGUGGAGCUGAAAUUGGAAGAUUUGUUGCCAUGCUACGAAAUCCAUCAUCUGUACUCAAGGCAUGUGCUGCAUUUGCUCUUCUGCAGUUUACCAUUCCUGGUGGUCGGCAUGCAAUGCAUCAUGCGAGCCUAAUGCAGAAUGCAGGAGCUGCACGUGUUCUUCGGGCAGCUGCAGCAGCAGCAACUGCUCCGCUUGCAGCCAAAAUUUUUGCUAGAAUCGUGCUUCGCAAUCUUGAGCAUCACCACAUAGAAUCAUCGCUAUAAAAAGAUUUAAGGAUGCUAUUCAGCAAGACAUCUCCUGUUAGGGAAUACCGAUGAAUUUCAGCUCAACUGCACGCCUGGUAUGAGGCCCUUGGACAGCAGCAUAGUCCAUCAUGAGAACCAACUGCUGCUUUCUGCAAUCCCCGUGUAAAAGAAAGUUUACCAAGCGCUGUAACUAUUCUGUGCUGAAUCUCAUUUCCUUGUUAGGCAUAAAUCUGGUUGAUUUAGGUUUCAGUAACUUACCCCUUUUGUAUCAAAAGGUUACAGGUUUAAACGACUUUAGGUUGGGGAUCAUGCUAAAAAAGCUGUAUCUUAUUAUUAUAUUUCAUUUUUUCUUUUCUUUUUUUGGUUGUCUGUAUUCAUUGUGGCAAUCUCUUCUAUAUAAUAAUAUAAUUUUAAAGCUGUUUGAGACUGGACAAUAA